GCAUCGAUGAGAACGAAUCACCUCCCACUUACCUGUCGGCAUGGCUUCGUUCGUGUGUGCUCUUCUUUGUGCUGCAGUUGCUCUUCAUUCAGCUGAAAGCCGCGCUACAUUGCCCGCACAUGCUAAGUCUCAACCAGUAGAAGGACAAUACAUCGUCGUUCUACACGGCAAUGUGUCUGACUACGCAAGAGAGAAACACAUGAUGAAUGUAAGAUCUAUGCAAGAUGCAGGGAAAAGUGUUGAAGUGCGUUUUGAGUACAACAUUGGCAGUUUCAAGGGAUACUCUGGCCGAAUGAGCCACAACUUACUCAAUCACGUCCGCAACCUCCCAGAGGUGAAAUACAUUGAACAAGAUCAGACUGUACAUACAAUCAAUGAACAAGCUUGUGUUGGAGAGACAAUAACUGAUCCUGGUCUGUGGGGUCUUAUUCGCAUUUCUCACAGAGAUGCCACCAACGAAAAUGAAUUCAUUUAUGACGAUGCCAACAACGGUAACGGAGUGACAGCAUACAUUCUUGACACAGGUAUCUACGUCCAACACAAUGACUUUGCGAAUCGAGCUGAACCUGGUCCAAGCUUUGUUGGCACUGAGCCUGACUCAAAUGACGGAAACGGUCAUGGCACACAUGUUGCUGCCACUAUUAUGGGUCAAACGUAUGGAAUUGCUAGACAGGCCACUGCUGUUGCCGUCAAAGUUCUUGGCAGCGGUGGAUCAGGAUCAUACGAUGGAGUCAUUGCUGGUAUCAACCAUGUUGCAAGAGAAGGCAAAAAACCUGGAGUUGCAAACAUGUCGCUGGGAGGAGGAUACAGCCAAGCAGUCAAUGAUGCAGUGGAUGCAGCUGUUGAUGCAGGAUACGUGUUCAGCAUUGCAGCCGGCAAUAGUGGUAUUGAUGCCUGCAGUUUCUCACCAGCCAGUGCUACGAAAGCCAUUACUGUUGGCUCUACUGAUUUAUCUGAUGCACGCAGCUACUUUUCAAAUACGGGGAAUUGCAUGGAAAUAUUCGCUCCUGGCAGUAAUAUCAAGUCUGCCUGGAUUGGAGGCCCAACAGCCACCAACACCAUCUCAGGAACAUCGAUGGCUGCCCCACAUGUUGCUGGUGUAGUUGCUGAAUACUUGAGUCGAAAUCCAGAAGCAACACCUGCACAAGUCCUGAGUGCACUUGAAGAAAGUGCCACACCAAACAUAGUGAGCAACCCAGGAACAAAUUCGCCAAAUCUCCUUCUCUACAGAGCAUGUGAGGAAUGAAAACCAGCAUAACAGCAGACCGUUGCAGCUAAUUGUGUUUUUGUUUGCAUCUAAAUGUUGCUGGUGUCACGAUAUGGCAUUUGUUUAUGUAACGUUUGUAGACUGCCUAAUGAUCAUAAAAUGGAAAUUUUGAUUAUGACCACUAAA